AUCGGUGCAGAUCAGUAGAUGUGUGUUGUACUGUGGCAUGGCGUCGCGCGUUUCGUGUGUUUCAAGCUUUAUCUUUUUUUGCAGAUAUAAAAGUUAUAUUUAAAUAUAUCGAAACAUGAAGAAAGAGAAAACGGGUGAUAACAGUCGUCCCUAUAAAUUGGCCCAUCAAAUAUUAAGCUUAACGGGGAUAAGCUUUCAAAGAAAAAGCAUAAUUGGUUUUGUCGAGUUGACAAUUGUACCUCUGCGAGACACGCUGAGAUUGGUGAAGCUCAAUGCCAAACAGUGUAGAAUAUAUAGAGUGUGUUUAAAUGACACCUAUGAAGCGCCUUUCCAAUAUUUUGAUCCAUUUUUGGAUAUCUGCCAAGGGGAUAGUAAGCAGCGAUCUAUGGAAUUUUUCUCGAAUAUGCAUCUAGCAGCAGCUCAAAAAGUCGAUCCCGACAACAACGCUGGCGAAUUAGUAGUUCAGAUACCACCAGAUGCGGCACACUUGGUUACAGAAGGCCGAGGAUUAAGAAUUAGCAUUGAAUUUUCAUUGGAGCAACCACAAGGAGGAGUACAUUUUGUAGUACCAAACUGUGAAGGAACCCUAGCUGAGAGAGGUGCUCAUAUGUAUACAUAUAGCUAUGAAAAUUCGUCUAGAUUAUGGUUUCCAUGCGUGGAUAGUUUUGCUGAACCAUGUACUUGGAAAUUGGAAUUUACUGUUGAUGACUCGAUGAUUGCGGUUUCAUGUGGAGAUCUAGUUGAGAUUGUCUAUACACCUGAUAUGCGUAGAAAAACAUUUCACUAUGUGCUCAACACUCCUGCAUGCGCUCCAAACAUUGCACUGGCAGUCGGACCUUUUGAGAUUUUUGUGGACCCUUACAUGCACGAAGUAACUCAUUUUUGUCUGCCUCAACUAUUGUCAUCUCUGAAAGUGUCCGCAAAAUAUAUGCAUGAAGCAUUCGAAUUUUAUGAAGAAACCUUGUCGAAUCGAUACCCGUAUUCCUGUUACAAGCAGGUCUUUGUUGACGAGAUAGACGAAGACAUUAACGCCUAUGCUACUAUGAGCAUCUUAAACACGAAUUUAUUACAUUCUACUGCAAUUAUAGAUCAAGUAUAUAUUACUAAAAAAGCAAUGGCACAAGCGCUUGCAGAACAAUUUUUUGGAUGUUUUAUAUCAAUGCAAAAUUGGUCAGAUACAUGGCUACCUAAGGGUAUUUCCACCUAUCUAACAGGACUCUAUGCGAAGAAAUGCUUUGGAAAUAAUGAAUAUAGAGAAUGGAUUCAGUCUGAAUUACAAGAAGUCGUGAAAUAUGAAGAACAAUUCGGUGGUAUAAUAUUAGAUCCAUCUCAAGCACCAGCACCAUUACCCAUUGCGGCUAAUACUCCAGCUCCAGCUCCUCGAGCUCCCGAUCCCGGGUUUUAUUUUCCUAUUAAAAAUUUGCAUACCAUGUCUCCAAAAUACAUUGAAGUUCUUCGCAAGAAAGCACAUCUAAUCAUGAGGAUGCUGGAACAUAGGAUCGGCCAAGAAUUAUUGCUUCAAGUAUUUAAUAAACAAUUAUCUCUAGCAACUAAUGCUGCACAGCAAAAGAUUGAGUCUGGCUUAUGGUCGCAUAUGUUAAUUAGUACAAAUGUAUUUGCUAAGGCAAUUUUUACUGUAACAGGGAAAGAUAUGUCAGUAUUUAUAGAUCAAUGGGUGAGAACAGGAGGACAUGCGAAAUUCAGUUUAAGUUUUGUAUUUAAUAGAAAAAGAAAUACAGUGGAAUUAGAAAUUAGGCAAGAUACUACACAUCAGAGAGGGAUCAGGAAAUACGUGGGUCCAUUAGUAGUAAAUAUUCAAGAACUGGAUGGUACUUUUAAGCACACGUUACAAAUUGAAGGUACAAUGGCCAGGGCAGACAUCACAUGCCACAGUAAGAGUCGUAGAAACAAGAAAAAGAAAAUUCCGUUGUGCACUGGCGAAGAGGUUGAUAUGGAUCUCUCUGCUAUGGACGAUUCUCCAGUAUUGUGGAUUAGACUUGAUCCUGAAAUGACAAUCAUGCGCGCUGUGCAAAUUGAGCAACCUGAUUAUCAGUGGCAGUAUCAAUUGAGACACGAGAGAGACGUCACCGCGCAAUUAGAAGCUAUCGAAGCUUUACAGCAUCAUCCGACACCCGCCACACGAUUAGCAUUAACCGAUACAAUUGAGAACGAACAUUGUUACUAUAAAGUCAGACUUCGCGCUGCUCAUUGCUUGACAAAGGUGGGAAAUGCAAUGGUAGCAACAUGGUCAGGCCCACCAGCAAUGUUGGCUAUAUUUAGGAAAUUAUUCGGAUCUGCGUCAUGUCGGCGGAUUAUUAAACAAAACAACUUCUCGAAUUUUCAACAUUAUUUUCUACAAAAGACUAUACCAGUCGCAAUGGCGGGAUUACGUAAUAACCAUGGUAUCUGUCCACCAGAAGUACUAUCCUUUUUAAUGGAUCUUUUCAAAUAUAACGAUAACAGUAAAAAUAGAUAUUCUGACAAUUAUUACAGAGCUGCGCUAAUUGAAGCUCUUGGCGCAACUGUUACACCAGUUAUCAGUGUGCAACAAGGAACGGCUAUUACAGCGGAAUCUUUAUCAAUUGACACAAAGGCUAUUUUAGAAGAGGUCACGAGAAAUUUGAACUUGGAGAAAUUAUUACCUUGUUACAAAUAUACUGUCAGCGUAGCUUGUCUCAAAGUUAUACGUAUCCUUCAAAAGUUUGGACAUCUUCCGAGUAAUCCUAAUCUUUUCAGGGCAUAUGCAGCAUAUGGACAAUUUAUAGAUAUUCGAAUUGCCGCUUUAGAAGCGUUGGUCGAUUUUACUCGCGUGGACGGCAAAUGGGAGGAUCUGGAGUUCUUGUUAGAAAUGGCUGAAAUGGAUCCACAUCCUGGUAUACGUCACAGACUUGUACGGCUGAUGGUGGAGAAUCCGCCGUUUGAAAGAGCUCACGAGCAUCACUUAGAUAAACCUGAUCUAGUUGACCGUAUAUGGAACUUGAUUAACGGCAUGCUGUCGCAUGAUGCAAAGUUGCGUUGCGAUUUGGUAGAUUUGUAUUAUACUUUGUACGGUAUGAAAGUCCCAUUUUGUCUUCCCGUUACUGAAAUUACGACAUCUACAAAACCUAGAAAGGCUGGCCCGCCAAGUCCAGAACGUGAAGUGAAAGCUGCACCGGUACAACAUGUGAGACAUGAAUCGAUCGAAGAAAUUGAGAACUUACCUGUUUCAAAUAAAAGGAAACCAUCUCCCAACAGAGAUCCUACAGGUCCGUCAAAUCCAGUGGAACAUGGACCAGAAUCGAAACGGCAAAAAAUAGCUAACAAUCAGGAUGAACGAGGAGUUCCGGUACCUGGUGAAGGAAAAGUAAAAUCAGAAUAUUAUAGCGACAAUUCCGCAUCACUGCCUGGUAUCAUGGGAACUCCUGGUCCUAUUGGUUUCGAGCCUGGAAUGUUUAAGAAAGAUUCAGAAGAGCAUAAGCCGAAAAGCGAUUCCAGCAAUAAGAGCAAAAAGAAAAAGAAAGAUAAGAAAAAGCAUAAGCAUAAACAUAAACAUAAACAUGAUCACAAGCAUAAUAAGGAUAAGGAGAAAAAAGAAAAGGAUAAAGGUAAAGACAAGGAUAAGGAAAAGGAUAAAAACAAGGACAAAGAUUCAUCCACUUUAAAAAUUAAAGACGAAACUCUCAGCUCUGCAAGUUCUAGUCAAAGUCCAGAGCCAACUGCCACCAACGAACUCCCUUUUCCUUAAGAAUUUUCCAUUCAGUUAUUGGUAUACACUUUUGAAAUUUUUUUUAUAAUCAUUGUUAUUUAUAUUUUAUAUGGCUGUACAUUUUAAGUGUGUAAGUUAUAAGUAAUAAGAUGUAAAUUAUUAUAUAAUGUAUAUAUAUUUGUAAAUAUUAUAUAUAU